CAUUUGCAAGGGGAGUUCUAGGUUCAGUUUAAUAGUGAGAAAUAUCGAUUUUCUGGGCAUGAUUCAUUCAUUCCUUUACUAUGAUUAAACCCUUUUUUCUUUGGACUGACUGUCUGGUUGUUGUUGCCGGAGCUUCUGACAGACUCAGCUAUCUUACAAGUGUUUCAACAGUUCCCUUCUAACAUGCCUUUACAUCACUGCUGUCUGCUAAUGCAACAGUCAUCUACUUUCGUCACUGCUUCAUUUCACAACGUGCUCUUCUCUUAGUCGUGUGUUACUGUUGCAGAUUUCUGAAAAUAUUUCACUUUAAUUUCAAAAGAAAUCUUCUAUUUUGACAAACCAUGGCUUUAGCUGACGCUAUUCAAUCACUGGAUUCUUUGAACGACCAAAUUGUACAAUACAUCUUUCUGCCACGAGAUGUCACUCUCGACUUGGACCGGGAACUGUCUUCUCAAGAACAUGAAACUCUACGCUCCUCCAUGCUACUUAUUAGGCGUUUGUUGAUGGACGCCCAAAGCAAAUUUCGGAAAAUGGUCGAAGACAAUAAGCAGCUUGCAGCACGUAUAGAUGGCUCUAUUCACUUGGCUAACCAAGAAGUAAAUGCAUUACGAUCAGAACUUGCUAGUACCAACAAACGCCUCACACAGAUCACCAAUGAAGGUUCUAAACCUAAUCAACACCUUUUGCCUUUAACAUUUCAUGACAAUGAUUGUAAGUAAA